AAACGUUGGUUUCUUGAGUUAUUAAAAUACUUUUUACAAACAAUAUUAAGCUUUUCAAAAUCAGUUGCUAAAGCGAACACACACCACAAAAUGCUUACAGUUAAAUGUUUAAGUGAAAAGUUACAAAAAGUGGCCAUCGAAGAAUUAAAUGAAAUUCCAAGUCGUGUCGAAGAGGAUAUCGAGAAUUUACGUAAUUGGAUUCGAAAGCAAUCGCAUCUCAAAUCACGAACCGAUGAUCAGUUUCUUUUGAUAUUUCUUAGAGGUUGUAAAUUUAGCCUAGAGAAAGCUAAAUCAAAAAUUGAUAGGUUUUAUGCACUAAAAACUAAACAUCCGGAAUUAUUUACUACACAAACUAUGGAUGAGAAGACAGUGUAUGAAAUACUCAAGCUAGACACAUUUGUAAGUUUACCAAUACCGCUUAAUGGCGACGGACCACGUAUUCAAUAUAUACGUUUUGGUGCUUAUCCGGCCGAUAAAUACACAUUCACUCAAGUAAUAUCUAUUUAUCAUACCAGCCAAGAGUUAGCAGCUCGUGAAGAUGACUAUUCUGUUGUUAAUGGUUACAUACAACUCUUGGAUACCUCUGCCUUAACUUAUUCGCAUGUUAUGCAAAUUACGCCAUUGAUUGUUAAAAAAAUGAUAACAUUUGUCGAAGACGCGGUGCCGACACGUUUACGGGCAAUACAUUGCGUCAACACUUCGCCGGUUUAUGACAAGCUCUUCAAUAUGAUUAAACAUGUUUUACCCGAGAGAUUUCAGCAAAGAUUGCACGUCCAUAGCACUUUAAAUAGCCUUCUUGAACAUAUACCACAAGAAUUUCUACCUCGUGAAUUAAGCGGUAGAAACGGUUCUCUAGAGGAGCUGCAACAUCAAGGUUAUAAACGAUUUCUUGACUAUCAAGAUUACCUGAAGGAUGAUUUGAAUUAUCGUAACAACGAAAGCUUACGAACACACGCACUCCUGGAUUACGAUGAAUUAUUCGGUGUGGAUGGAACAUUUCGUAAAUUAGACAUUGAUUAGUUU